AUGGAGAGCAAAGUUAUCUUUAAAUGUGGAUACGUCUUCUUGAUCUCAUACCAGAAGCUCUCUGGAGAUGGCACGUCUGGUAUCCUUGUGCCGCUUGGAGAAAGCGAGCCAAACGGGUUUAUUCUAGACGAAGAUGUGGAUUGUGUAGAGUUCAUAUUUGUAGCCGAGGGGGAAAGAGUAUCGCCCAACGGAUCAGGGGAAACCCUUGGGGAUUCUAAUCCCUGCUGGGUACGCAAAUGUAAUGGCGACGCAUACGAGUGCGAACGCCGGUGUGCAUUGGAGUGUCCCUCACUAAAGCUGGAAUCUAUCAACUGCUCCUCAGAAUUCUUGCUCGGAGUGACAAUCUUGAGCGAGGUCCGCUGUUUUCUAACAUCUAUCGAAGUUGGUACCACUUCGGCGGUCGAUACAGACGUAGACCUUUCGCGACUCAUUCGUAGGUCAGAAUCCAUGGAUAUCAUCAUGAAUAUGUAUUCUCCUUCCCGAAUGCCCAGGUUUACUGGUUAUAUUGGAAGGAUUAUUUUGCAAGUUUUGAACUGGUUAUUGGUAAUUGUGGGAACCGUUAUCCCCCAUACGAAAUCCACCAGAAUUCAGUGUGAUGCGUGCCCAAACACCAAGGAGACAUUGUUCCCAGUGAAUUUCAAGCUUUUCAAGAACUUAACCACAAAGGAUCUCCAACAUUGCAGCACCAACGACUCCCAAUAUGUUUCCUUUGUGAACCCAAAUGGGACCGUUGAGUUUCGACUAACGGACAAACGCCAACAGCUCUCGCCACUGACAGAGACAGAGUCUCCGAAGAAGAAGUCCGUGGGGUCUUUUGCCAGGUCGGACGAGUUUGUUGCGCUUUCGCCGGUUUCCUCUGUGAAAUCUGGGAACUCUAACUCGAGUUUGUCGAACGAGUCUACCGGUUCGGAAUCCAUGUCCGAAGGCGAAGGUUCUCCUUCGUCCUCCAAAGAUUAUAAAUGUACCUUUUGUGACGCGAAAUUUAAAAUCAAAGGGUAUCUCACAAGACAUAUCAAAAAACACUCUGAGAAGAAGGCCUACACAUGUCCGUUCUACAACGAGAAUUCUUCUCACAGAUGUCAUGUUAAUGGUGGGUUUUCCAGAAGAGAUACCUAUAAAACCCAUUUGAAAGCAAGACAUUUCAAAUAUCCUAAAGGUGUGCGAUCGGGAGAACGUACAGGAGCGAAGGGAUGGUGUUCUGCUUGCGGAGAAGAGUUCUUGAACAACGAGAUCUGGGUGGAGCGCCACCUUGAACUUGGUUCGUGUCCAGGUCUUCCGGACGUCUAUCUCGACAAGUUGAAAAUUGGCAAGAGAAAAACGGGAAAACAUUCGCGAUUGUUAGAUGUGACUUCCUACGACUCGCCAACCAAGAACUCGCAACUCAAAACCGACUCCCCACUAUCAUUGACGUCUACUCCGUCGCCGCAGAUCAGUGGCCCGCUUCCCCCAGGAAUGCUAUUGAAUGUACAAUUGAGACUUCCAGAGCAACACCUCCACCACCCACAACAACGCCCGCUAUUUGCUCCUGUGGCUCAACCCAUUUCGAUAUCCGAAACAGGCUACAUGCCUGAAGAGGAUGAUGAAUACUUGUCGCUGGACUCUGAGAGCUCUCCGUAUGUUUUCAAAACACACGAACGUGCUCUAUGGCAGGUUGCCCAACAACCUCAACAAUCCUACGCCUACACUGGCUAUGCUAUGUAA